AACGAAGACAAGAGCUUUCUCAGUUUCUCAUUAAACUCGUCGUUUUUUUCAAGACAACGAAAGAAAUUAAAACAGGGAUUAAUGGCAGCUCUUAAGACAUUGCAAGCUCUGAUCUUUCUUGGUCUAUUCGCCACGUCAUGUCUCGCUCAAGCUCCCGCUCCGGCACCUAUGACGCUUCUCCCACCGGUAGAGUCUCCUUCUCCGGCUAUGACACCAACCGCUUCACCACCGUCUCCGGUUGCUUCACCACCGGUUCCCGUUACCGAGCCAACUCCAGCUCCGGCGACUCCACCCAUGGUCUCACCACCCGCUAAGUCUCCGAAAACAUCUCCCGUCGCUUCUCCUCCGAAACCAGAAGGUUUGGCUCCCGGCCCAUCAGGCCCAACACCAUCGUCAUCACCAGCUCCGGCUCCUGAAGAACCGGUAGAAGACUCAGCAUUGACUAACAAAGCUUUCCUUGUGAGCACCGUCAUUGCUGGUGCUUUGUACGCCGUCGUUUUGGCUUAAGAGAGCAUUGAGUAUAUUACUCUUAUCUAUCUCUCUCCGCCCUUUGUUUUUUCUUAUGAUGAUGUGUUGAAGAAUCUCUGUUUUCUGUAAUCCAUUUCGUAUGUUCUUCCUCUUUGUUGAUGUUAUUUGUUUUUGUCUUUUUGAUACUUACUUUAUAACUCUG